AUAUAACUAUAUUCAAUUCAAUAUAAUAAUAAUAAAUAGAAUAGAAUAUAUGCCCGAAUCUAUAGACUCGAGGCAAUGGAAGGACAUAGGAUAAUUCCCCAACUGAGACCGGGGGAAUACCUCCAAUCCUUUAGUAAGAAUUUAGAUGCAGCUUCCUUGCUAGGGUGUUUUCAAACUUCGAUCUGAUGGUUCGACCUUCAUCAGUCAGGAAAAAGAAGAAGGACCCACUUAUUCCACUCAGAGAGACCGAAGCAGGCAAGAAAAAGGCAGAAGGAAGUUCUCUUUCCAUUCCAACUAAACUAAGUGAAAAAGGGAGAGAGCAAAACAGAGACAGAGUAACCAAGAAACUAUGUCCAAACCAACGAGUCCUUUGGUCGACUCUUAAGAAUGUAUCGGGAGUUGGGGGUUAGCCGUCUCAUGGGAGUGAUAGCUGGGUUUUUCACGGAGUUUCUUCCUUCGUACAAAUGUUCAGAGAGUGCUGACGGUCGGAGAAAACUUUCAGAAGAUCUACUCUUUGAUCUAAUGAUAAGGGACUAAAAUCUGGAUGAUAUUCUUCGACGAUCCCCUGAUGAGGACAUCCGAGAAUCAGCCUUCGAAUUCAUAGAAGGAAAUCUCGCUCAUCUGGAGCCUUUUUUAGAAAACGAAGAAGUACCGAAUCCCGAACAAAUCCAGGAUUUGCUGGAAGCUCACUUGCGUUUUAUAAUAAAUGACCUCAUACAGGAUGGGGAAAACUCCCAAACCCUAUGAGAGAUUUCGAAGACACUUUCUUUAUCGGUUGAAAAACAUAGGAUAGGGCAAAGAAUGAAUAAUAGGGCAAAGGGGGGAAGGAAGGCAUAGGGCUCACACAAGUAAGUGCAGGACCCCAAUCGGGCCUUUCUGAAGUGUGGCACAGCCAGGGAGGUAGGGGGGAGUGUGAAGCCGUCAGAGGCGGAAGCGGCAAAUCGCUUCUAACGAGUUCCCAACACUUAGCUUAGUAGCUUAACUCUUUCUACAGGCGUGGCGCUGCUGGAUGCUUCUGAUCAAUAGGAAUAGGAGGAAAAAAAAAGCUUAUGAUGAGCAUCUAUUGGAGUCGAUCAUUUCCAAGAUCUAAUUCCAGUUUAUUAUUAUGUAGUGGAAAGGCCUCACAAUCUUCAGUUUUACGCUUACACUUAAGGGAAGAAAUGUUUUUGGUGGAUGCAGGACCUGGUACCCAAAAAAUUUGUAUGCAAGAUGAGCCUACAGGAGUGCCAAUCAACCGAGCCACCAGGUUUGAGAAUAAGGUGGGAUCCCUGAAUGUAGUGGCUGGUGAAUCACUGAUCAAAAAGCGGAUUGUUGAGAGAUUCUUCAUCGAUCUAGUGGCCGGUGAAUCACUGAUCAAAGAGCGAGCAGCCGCCAGGUUUAAUGAUUUUGUGGGAUCCCUGGAUGUAGCGGCUGGUGAACCGCUUCUUCUUCCACGAAGAUUCAGACAAAACCGAGCUUGGAUAGAACUGAAGAAGAUUUGGCGAACGAAGAAAAAGGUCAAAGGGUUUAUUAUUAACAAAGUAAAAGGAGGUUAUUCAGUAGCCAUCGCUGGUUUCAUUACUUUUCUUCCAUUCAGUCCUCUCAUAAAAAAAAGGAUAGCGAAUGAUCGAUUCACCAUUGAGAGCAUUAACUCCAAAAGGAGGAAUAUUGUGAUAACAGCGGCAGAUCAAACAAGAACUUGAUGAGAAAAAAAAAAAAAAAGAAAGAGAAAAUUUUUCCAAAUCCGAAGCCCACCUUAAUCCAUUUUGUUGA